UUCUUGCUUUCUCUCUCCUGGUUAUUCAUUUUGUGUUAUGUCUUGAGUUGCCAGCAUUUGUACACAUGGCAUGCGAUGGCUAUUACACUGUCGUCAUCAUCCCUCUCCAGAACAGCCUGUACAGCCCUGACGCACUGCACUGCUUCCACUGGCUAAAGAGACGUAGAGAUCUGGAAAGACAAAAAGACAUCCUGUGGGCUGGACUGCAGGUUGUGGAACAAACCAAGCUGUGGUACCAGAAUCGCCUGAAGCUGAAUUUACAAAGGCAAGUUAGCUUCAGCACAGGUGACUUGGAUGAAGAGGGCAGGUGGUCCUGCACUGUGCGGUCUUGUAUGCAGCGAGUGAACGGGAGUCUGGGUAGUUUGAUGAAUGACUCCUGUGUCUGGAACAAUCUGACCCCAGAAGAGAGUGGAGGUUCGGACUGGGACCUCCGGUGGAGCAAUGCCACACUGGCCAAGGAAGUUAAUCGGAAAAAUCAACAGAUUUCCAUGUUGGAGCUUGAGAAGGCACAACUUCUUCAGCAGCUGUUGUCUUACAGCACACCUUAUUGAUGACAUACAUCCACAUGUUUUCAACUCUAAUUACAAGAGGGUUUCAUUCAAAUCAUGCAGCAAACUGUAAAUGUUAAAACAGCUUUGAAAAUACUUAAUGUUAAAAUUAAUUUAAGCUCCGGUAUACACUCUGUCCACCCUGUCUUCCAUUAUUUAACAGAAAGAGACUUAUAGUAAAAUGUUCAAUAGUUGUUGUUUUUUUCUUAAAAUAUGUGGUG